AUUAGUUUAUAAAUAUUUUUUAUAUUUUUUAAUGAAACAUGUUUGAUUAUAUUUUUAUGAUAAAAGUGUUUAUAUUCUUAUUCUAAGAUAUUUUUCUACACAGUAGUCACUAAUGUUAAAAUGAGAAAAAUGGUGGAUAAGAUUAGGUCUAGCUUUUAACUUUUAGUUUUUUUUUGUUUUGGAAAAAGCUUUUAACUUUUAGUUACACACCCAUCCUUCUAUAUAUCUACUUCUUUUGUCUUAUUAAACAUUUAGUAAAAUAAUCACAUUACAUGUUUGUUAAUAUUAAAAAAAACAACUGCAACUGUGUUUUUCUAAAUGCAGCUCCAUGAUGGCUUAUGAUCUUUAUCAGCUUUUGGGUUUUAAAUUAGUAAACGGACACUGUGCUAUUUCAUGGCCUAUGAUCUUUAUCAACUCGUUAGUCUACAAACAUUAGAGUUAUUGCAAAUAUCAGAUCUCGAAUACAAAUGAAAUUUGGAUAUUUCAAGUACCUAAAAAUGUAUAAUGUUUGUUAGUAUAUAAAAGUGGUGCUGUUCUGAAUAAUUAUCGUUUCAUAAAUGCUUCUAUGUAUGGUAGUUUAAGAAAGACUCUCUUGACAAGAGAAGUUUCCACUUUCCACAAAAGAAGAUUAUGUAAACGAUUUACCUUACCAAAAGGCAACACAGCGGUUGAAAUGAAAUUAAAUGCUCAGGUACUUCUCUGUGGAAAAAAAAGAGCUCAGAUACUCUCCAUCUAAAAUUCAUUUUAUUUUUAUUUAUUUUUAAUUUGAAAUCUGACUAAAAACUCAAUAUCUAUACUAUAUUAAAAGGGAUAUAUGAGCUCCAUUGAGCAUGUCCACGUCAGCAUAAAAAAUCAACCAAUAGAGAAUUAGAUAUCCGCCACGUCAGACACUCCGUACGUGUCAUUUGGGCCUCGCAUUCUACAGGCCCGAUAAUUUCAGAAUCGAAAAGUACGGGAAGCCCGUGACUCGCUGAAGUUCCCUUUCCGCCAAGAACCAACCCUAAUUUAUCAAAAUCAACAAGAAGUAGACGAAGAAGAAGAAGAUAUUACAGUUUCCCAGAUUAAAGAAGAGCUCUACGAAGCUCUCGAAGGGAUCAAUAGAGGAGUUUUCGGAGUUAAAUCGGAUAAAAAAGCAGAGAUCGAGCGUCUGGUGAAGCUAUUAGAGUGUCGGAAUCCGACGCCGGAGCUGACCGGAGAGUUAGACAAGAUCGGAGGUUGCUGGAAACUCAUUUACAGUACAAUCACUGUGUUGGGCUCCAAAAGAACCAAGUUGGGUCUUCGAGACUUCGUCUCUCUCGGAGAUCUUCUUCAACAGAUCGACAUUGCUCUGGCAAAACGGUCCAUGUGUUGAAAUUCGAUGUCCGUGGACUGAAUCUGCACGACGGCGAGUUUAGAAUCAUCGCCAACUUCAAGAUAAUAUCCAAAUCGAGUGUUGAGAUAACAUAUGAAAGCUCGACAAUCAUGCCAGACAAGUUGAUGAACAUUUUCAAGAAGAACAUGAAUCUUCUCCUGGGAAUCUUCAACCCCGAGGGACUAUCAUGGAUCGUCAUAUUUAUGACGACUUUAGUGAAAUCUACAAGGAGUACACAAGUCCUCAAGUUACUGUAACCACCAAUGUCCAAGAAAAACCUAAACUUCCUGAAGAUAAAUGUGAUGAAGAAGAAGAGCAGCAGGAGCUCCCUGACCCCAACUCCGUACCAACUGAUUUCAUCAGCCGAGAGGCUAAGGUUUGGGAGGCUAAGUCCAAAGCCACUGAGAGGAACAGGAAGAAGAGGAAAGAAGAGGAAAUGAUCUGUAAGAUAUGUGGAGAGUCUGGUCAUUUCACACAGGGAUGUCCAUCGACUCUUGGUGCCAACAGAAAGUCUCAGGAGUUCCUUGAGAGGGUACCAGCUAGGGACAAGAACGUUAGAGAUUUGUUUACUGAGAAAGUUGUGGAAAGGAUUGAGAGCGAGACCGGCUGCAAGAUCAAAAUGGAUGACAAGUUCAUUAUCGUCAGUGGGAAGGACAGAUUAAUCUUAAGGAAAGGUUUGGAUGCUGUUCACAAGGUUAGAGAGGAAGGCGAGGCUAAAACUUCUUCUGCCUCUCACAGGAGCAGAUCCAGGUCGCCUAGAAGAACCUCUCUUGGUCCACCACCUCCACCGCGUGCUGCUCGAAACCCUGAACCACAGAGACAGCAGCACCUGCCAUCACAUGGAAAGUUCAAGUCCUACACAAACUAGGGAGCUGCUGAAUUCGCUGAAACAAGAUGAAUUCAUUGAUAUAUUCGUCGAUGCGGCUGAUUGAGUAGUUACUCGAGAUGUUGCAACCAUUUACCUUGCAGCCAGCAAUUGGAAUAUAGACCAAGCCUUCUCCUGUCUCGUGGAAGAGGAUAAAACAACGCCAGUUCAGGAGGAUUCAUAAGAAUUUGAAACCGGGAGCUCUUCUAGAGAUCCGCCUCUUCCAUCGAUGGGAUCAUUACCUUCACAAUCACAGUUUGAUGAUUCAUAUGUUUCAAGUGGCCCCACGGAGACACAAAAGUCACUUGAAGAGGGUGGUGAAGGAGACUUUACAGUGGCUAUUCCUGGCAUGGUGUCAUCUCAAGUGGAUGAUAAGGCUGUAUAGGAAGGUUCAAGCGCGGAAACAGUCCUUGAUCCUUUUGCUAACCGAGACAGGAGGACAACUGUGGAGACACAAACUGCGCCAAGUACUAUUAUGAUAUCUAUCAGAUUGGCAGAUGGGAUUGGGACAGCGCUGGAGCUAUUUUUUAGAUCAAACCAAACCAUAAGAGACAUCUGCAAUGCCAUUGACCAGCGAUAUCCAGAUAACGACGGGCUACGUUUUGCAAUCGGGGGAUGGAGUAGACUACAUGGAUUGGAAUGUAACUGUAUACAGAGUUUCUACUUAUGGUACAGUUCUCUUCCAGACCAAACCUUAGCCUUUGUUUUGGUGCAGUGUCCACUGACUGAUGAAACAGAGAAAGAGAGAGAUGGAAAGAGGAUUCAUAUAGACAUUGAAAAAGAUUCUUGCUUUGUAUAGGAUUAAAAAAUAGAACAGAGAAGCUUUGAUUCUGUAUAGUAUGAAACAAAAUGAAAACAUAUAGAUGUUGAAAAUGAUUCUUGCUUUGUAUAGGAUUAAAAAAUAGAACAGAGAAGCUUUGAUUCUGUAUAGUAUGUCAAGAUAAGAGGGCCAAAUUACAUUUCC